ACGGACCCACGCCGAGGAUCCGUUCCCAUCGAUUUAGCAAGUAUUUCUUUGCUGGAAAGGGGAAUCACUAUAUAAUGAAUCAGUGGAUGUUGCCUGGGAUAAUGAAAGUAUAUUUACUUCCGCUGUUUAGAAUAAUAUAUAUCCAGUAAUCGUCAAGGAUAGUAUAACAAAAUAGUAAUGUGAUUUAGGUGUUGUUGCAUUACUGGGCUAGUCAUUGUAUUGAGUUGAUUUUAAUUGUAAGAGACAGCAGCUGCAUCUCUCAGAGAUGGAUGAAGUGGUUAUGGAUCAGAUCAUGAAUGUUGCUCAUCAAGCGGUGUCUUGGAUCGCAUCUGUUACCAUCAUAUUUGGAGGGGUGGUGCCAUACAUCCCUCAGUACAGGGACAUCCGCAGGACCCAGAAUGCUGAGGGGUUCUCCACAUAUGUGUGUCUGGUGCUGCUGGUGGCCAACAUACUGAGAAUACUCUUUAGGUUUGGACGUUUCUUUGAGACUCCGCUGCUCUGGCAGAGUAUAAUCAUGAUCAUCACGAUGUUAAUCAUGCUGAACCUGUGCACCAGCGUCCGCUUGACCUCUGAACUCAACACCAAACGCCGCUCCUUCACAGACUUUGAUAGGAACUACUUCUGGUCUUGGAGUGGUUUUGUGGAUUACCUGCAGUGUGUGCUGGUGUUCACUGUGCUGGCCGCCUAUGUGACGUAUCUGCUACUGGACUCGGUUCUGUUUGUGGAGAGCCUGGGUUUUCUGGCCGUAUUUACAGAGGCCAUGCUGGGAACUCCACAGCUCUACUGCAACUUCCAGAACAAAUCUACUGAAGGCAUGAGUAUUAAGAUGGUGUUGAUGUGGACCAGUGGAGACACUUUCAAGUCUGGCUACUUCCUGUUGACUCAAGCCCCCGUGCAGUUCUGGAUCUGCGGCCUCCUUCAGGUGUGCGUGGACUUGGCCAUCCUCUUCCAAGUGUACUUCUACAGCCGCUUCCCACAGAAACCCGUCUCUCACAUCACACACACCACCAGCGCCAAGGCCCUAUGAAACACCGUCG